AAUGCUGAUUCUUUUUAUCUUGGUCUCCCAAGAGCCUAGCACAGUGCAUGCCCCAAAGUAGAUGUUGCAGAGGAGGUCACGUUGGCCCAGAACCUGCUUUGAUGUUGACCAUCUGGCUGGCUGACUUUGGAUCAUUCCCUUCACCCCUGUGGACUCCUCCUCUGUAAAAUGAGGGUGUUGGACUCUGUAGUCUGAGGUCCUCCCCCCUGCAUAACACUAAUUCUAUGGGCAGGGUUCAAAUCCUACCAUUUUCUACUCAAGUGACCUUGGGCGAGUCCCUUCCAUUGCCUGGACCAGAUAGUCUUUCUGGGAGAUCUAAGAACUGAGAACUGGAUUGUGUUGAAUCCGAGACUGUUGGCACGGCUGGACUUGGCUCCAGCUUAGCUCAUUGCCUUCUCUGUGCCUCGUAGGGGAUCAUCGUCCUGACCCACAGCAGAAAUGGGCAAAAAACUGGACCUUUCCAAGCUGACGGAUGAAGAGGCCAAGCACGUGUGGGAGGUGGUUCAACGCGACUUGGAUCUUCGAAAGAAAGAGGAAGAACGACUGGAGGAACUCAAGGGCAAGAUCCAGAAAGAGAGCACUAAGAGAGAGCUGCUUUCGGACCAGGCUCGCCUGAACGAGACCCACUGCAGGCACUGCCUCCAGCCCUACCGCUUCUUGGUGAACAGCAGGCGACCCUGUGUGGACUGUCAUCUGUUCACCUGUAAAAACUGCAGCAGCUACAACCGCCAGGAGCAAGGAUGGGUCUGUGACUCAUGCAGGCUGGCCAGGCUACUGAAGACGGGCUCCCUGGAGUGGUACUACGAGCACGUGAGAGCCAGGUUCAAGCGCUUCGGCAGCGACAAGGUGAUGCGCUCCCUGCACGGCAGGCUGCCAGGAAGUGGCGGCUCCCCGGAGCCAGGUGGGGCGCAGCUCUAUCCGGUCGGGGGCGCUGGGGAGAGCGAGCAGAUAGCCGAAGAGGAUGCCGCGGGGGCUCCCCAUCUCAGCAGAGAGAAGCGGCUGCUGGCGGUUCAUCCCUUCGACUUUGACGCGGACUCGGACUCCUGGGCCCAGCCUGGCCCUCCGCCUCUGCCGCCUCCUCCAGCGCGGAGCACCCCGGCCGGCGCUCAGGCCCUCUCAGAGGCUCCGAGUGCCUGUGUGGAGGACGCCGCCUUCCCAAAGGACGCCUCCGUCGCCCAGGCUCGCCUCGCCGCCGAGUCCCAGGACUUUCCGGAAGAGCCGGGCCCAAGCCUUGCCGAGGCCUCUCUGCCCCCGGACGCCGGCCUGGAAGGAGACUCCCGCCCGGACGGGGGCGCCCUGGGGGGUGACGGGCCCCAUCUCCAUCCCCCCUACUUCGCUGAUGUGGACAGCUCAGAGGAGGACGCGGAGAAGGCUGGCGAGGCGGCGGUCCGUCUGUCCAAACCGAGAAGCCGGACGUCCUCCCAGGAAAGCGCGGCCCCCCCUGAAAACCAGAUCUUUGAAAUGAAUCAACGCAUGCUGGCCAUUGAAUGCCUGCUGGCUCGGCUAGAGGAGAGGAUCGUGGUGCCCCGGGAGGAGUCCUUCCGGCCGGGGCCCCGCACAGAUGCUGACGUCGAAGAGGAGGCCCUCAAGAGGAAGCUUGGAGAGCUGACCGGCACGGUCAGUGACCAGGGAGCAUCUUCAGAGGACGACGAGGAGGGCCGGAGGGGGCUGAGCCCGGCACCGAGCAGGACCCAGCAGGCUAGCCAGACAUCUGCAGAGGACAACAGGCCUCUUGGCCCUGAGGAACGAGCCACACACAGAACCCCUGAUUCAGCCCUCUCAGACCUGGAGGACAGAGUAGCCUUGACAGCCACUGAGGUCCAACAUGCAAGGAGGGAGGUGUCAGAUAUAGAAUCUCGAAUUGCAGCCCUCAGUGCUGCUGGGCUCCCUGUCAAGACCUGGGAAAAGCCAAAGAAGAAGUCAAACCUUCAGAUUCUUCCCCUUCAGCCUACUAUGGAGUCCAGCCUGGAGGAGGAAGACCCAGAACUCUCCGGGGCCAGCCAAGUAACGUCUGGGCCGCUUGUCCAGAAGAGAAUAUUCAAUAAUUCCCUUAAACUUCAAGACAGAGCUGACGGGCCUUUCAGCCGAAAAUCGGACUACCGAGGCUCCUUGACCCAAAGGAAUCCCAACGGGAAAAACAGGAGGCUGGAGCACGUCUUUGCCAAACCUGUGAUGACCCAUCACCCUUAAAGACGACCUUCACCAUAAAAGUCACAUCCAGAUGGCUUAGGCUCCCUCCACUGUCAUUACAAUUGGCUUCUCCCUUCUCAGUUCCUCUCUGGAGCAAAGAGAGAACGUUGCUCAUGUGGGAUGCCAACUUCAAGAUGACAACGGUUGUCAGCUUUUCCUCCAAGUCUCGGCAGAGUGAACUCAAUAGUAGAACUACAAGGCCCUUCACUUCCCAGACCACCCAUUGCUUACUUGCUGUCUGAUAAUAUGUUUCUUUCCAGCUGGAUGUCUCUGAAUUUAUAUUCUGCAGGCUCAUAGAGGUAUAGCUAGAAGGGACCGUAGAGAGCAUCUGCUCACGUGAACAUGCACAAGAGGUCACUGGAAAUCAGUACACAGAGAGAGACAGAGAGACAGAGACAAAGAUAGAGACAAAGAAGGAGAGGGAGAGGGAGAGACAUAGAUUCACUUUGAUUUGAUGAUAAUUUUAUUGGCAUAGAUGCUACUACUACUACUAAUACUAAUAAUAAUAAUAAUAUUGCUAAUGCUAAUAAUAAUAGUUCUCAUUUAUGCAGCACUUUUUAAGGCCUGAAAAGCACUUUACAGACAUCAUCUCAUUUGACCCUCACAAUAAGCCCAUGGGGCAGGGACUGCUAUUAUUCCUAUUUUACUGAUAAGGAAACUAAGACCCAGAAAGGUGAGUGACUUGCCCAGAGUCACAUGCCUCUUACAAGGCAGAAUUUGACCCCAUUUCCUCCUGGAUUCCAGGCUAGCACCCUGUCUGUGCUGAUUAUAACACCUCCUUGCUUUUGCUCCCCAACCCAAGCCCCAUUUUUGUCUUUCCUCCAUGAAGCUAGUGAGAAUGUCCCCUUUGGUUAUUUAAACGCCUCCGGGGUACCAGUGUCACCCUUGGUUAUCUCUCCAUUGGUUAUGCUAGAAGAGUAGCCAACCUCUCAAUCUUCGACUUUAUGGUACUUCUAACUCAACUUUACACAUACAGAUCUUUUUGGCAAUGUAUUACAAGCUCCUUGUACCUACCCUGAAUCUUUCCUUUGCCCUUCGGGUUACUUAAUAACAUAAUAAGAACUGCUA